AGGUAGCAAAGUUGAAAGACCUUCGAACUACUGCGGAACUUUGGGUAUAAAGAUUAUUUGACUUGUCACUUUCAAUUGCUAAAAUCACGCCAAGAAACAGUAUGUUCUUUUUGGCAAAACGAGAAUGUUGAGGACUAUGCGAAGAUCAAAAAUGCGCUAUAUCCUUCCAGGUUUAUCUGCAGUUGGCUUCGUCAUGCUUAUAGCAAAAUUGAGUGUGUUGAACUAUUACUAUAGAACUGGUGCGAAUAAAUCUCCAAAUAUGGCAGACGUAGCCAUUAAAAAGGAUAUCGCGAUUUUGAACAUUAUAAGAAGUGGCUCUGAAAAAGCGAAGUACAAAACAGCAAUGGAUUCGAUGGAGUGUUACGCCAUACGAAACAACUACCCGUAUUUAGAAUUACAUGGCGAAGACUUCAAAGCACUAUGUGGACAAGAUGAUAUUCACAUUCACUUUCAACGUCAUUGUAUCGUCGCCCACAUCCUCGAAACCUACAACUUUACAUGGGUGUUUCUAACUGAAGGUGACAUUGGUGUCGUCAACGAAAAAAAAAUGUUAGAAGAAUAUGUCAAAGAGCAUGCCGAUAUUGUUUUUUAUGACAGGUUUUUCAGCUUCGAAGUGACAGCAGGCUCAUACUUUGCUAGAAAGUCAAACUUUUCGUUAGCAUUUCUUCGUGGAUGGGCCGAUUAUUCAUUUCGUCUCCCUAAGACGUUCGGUGUUUUAGACAAUGAAGCUAUACAUAUGUGGCUGGUGGAAAUGCUUGCACCUAACGCACCGCUUGCACCAGUCUGUUGGCUGCUGUGGAGAACUGCAAGAAAUUUCGAAACAUUGUCAUACUUCACUGUAUGUUGUCGAGAAGCAGUGAAAAACGUUACACUCUCUCAAAUAUAUAUUUAUAAAAGGGGUGAAGCAUGGGUAAGGGACGGGUGGUUAACAAAUAGUCAUUGGAAUCCGCAACGAGAUUUUAUGUUUCACGGCUUGAAGGAAAAAGAUAAAAAGCGUUUUGUCGCUACUCAGAAAAAUGUUGUUGAUGGACCUUGGUUCUAUCCUUGGUUUGACACACUCAGGGCACCAUUGAAUCUUAACAAAUGUAAAGGGGGUGAACAGACUUGGAAUCAUGAAGCAGCGCUGAUUACAAGCAAGCAAGCCAUUGAUUCACAUUUAGAACAAUGGAGAAGGAGAGUGGAGCUGGAAUAUCACAAAAAAUUACUGUCUGUUCAAAGAAUGGCUAAUCGUUUGUACACUGCAUACUAUCGGUUAUAAACAUGCAUAUGUCCGAAUGCGUGCUUAUAACUCAUUAUCAUUCUUGAUCGUUGGAAUAUAGUCUUGCUUUUAGUUGCAAAAACAUUUCAGUUGCUCCUACCACGCAAGGCGUAAUCGCCAAUUUUAUCUUGAAAAGUAACAAUUACAAUGUUCAAUGGAAUUGUUCGAUUUCUGAUAAAGCAUAAGGU